AUGAGUCUUCUCGCAACCGUGCUGAAGCGCGCACCAUACCAAUCUUCCAUUCGAUUGAUCUCGAGACCGUCGACUGCACGCGCCAUGCAUAUCCAAUCGAUUCCCAUGUGGGAGGGCUCCGGCAACAACUAUGCCUACCUCGUUUCCGACGACAAGACGAAGGACGCUGUGAUCAUUGAUCCCGCGAACCCGCCCGAAGUGCUUCCCGUGCUCCAGCAGCAGACCGAGAGUGGCGCCAUCAAGCUUUUGAAGAUCAUCAACACGCACCACCACCACGACCAUGCUGGCGGCAACGGCGAGAUUCUGAAGCACUACAAGCUGCCCAUCGUCGGCGGCAAGGACUGCGCGCACAAGACGACGACCCCCGGCCACAAGGAAACCUUCACUAUCGGCGAUGGCAUAAAGGUGACGGCGUUGCACACGCCAUGCCACACCCAGGACAGCAUUUGCUACUUCUUCGAGGAUGGCAGUGACAAGGCCGUCUUCACCGGCGACACCCUUUUCAUUGGGGGGUGCGGACGCUUUUUCGAGGGCACCGCCGAGGAGAUGCACAAGGCUCUGAACGAAACCCUUGCUGCACUGCCCAACGAUACGAAGGUGUUCCCCGGCCACGAGUAUACCAAAGGAAAUGUGGGGUUCGGAAAGAAGGUCAUCCAGAAUGCCGCUAUCCAGAAGCUGGACACCUUCUCGCAGCAGAACAAACAGACCCAGGGCAAAUUCACCAUUGGGGACGAAAAGGAGCACAACGUUUUCAUGAGAGAUCCCGAAGUCCAGAAAGCUGUGGGCAAGACCGAUCCCAUCGAGGUCAUGGCCACGCUCCGUGAGAUGAAGAACAAGUCGUAG